AUGAUGAAACUGGAUGAUUUCAUCGAGACUUUGAGACAGGGGAAGCAUAUUGACGAGGAUUCUAUAUAUUCUCUGUGUCUCAUGGCGCAGGAGCUUUUGAUGAAUGAAUCGAAUGUUACACAUGUUGAUACGCCAGUUACAAUUUGUGGUGAUAUCCAUGGGCAAUUACAUGAUUUAUUGACUUUGUUUGCCAAAAGUGGAGGCAUUGAGAAGAACCGAUAUAUAUUCUUGGGUGAUUUUGUGGAUAGAGGGUUUUAUUCUCUAGAAAGUUUCUUGCUCUUGGUAUGCUAUAAGCUGCGGUAUCCUGACCGUAUUGUUUUGAUACGAGGGAACCAUGAGACGAGACAGAUUACAAAAGUUUACGGGUUUUAUGACGAGGUAGUAAGAAAAUAUGGAAACAGCAAUGUAUGGAGAUAUUGCUGUGAAGUCUUCGAUUAUCUGCCCUUGGGAGCCAUUGUGAACAACAAAGUGUUCUGUGUGCAUGGAGGUCUAUCGCCAGACGUGCUGGAAAUUAAUGAAAUAAGGGCUAUUGAUCGGAAGAAGGAAGUACCGCAUGAAGGUGCGAUGUGUGACUUACUAUGGUCAGACCCAGAAGAUGUGGAUACAUGGUCUCUAUCACCCCGUGGUGCUGGGUUUCUCUUUGGUCACAACGAAGUCAACAAAUUCUUACACACCAACAAUGUUGAAUUGAUUGCAAGAGCGCAUCAAUUGGUUAUGGAAGGUUAUAAAGAAAUGUUUGAUGGCGGCUUAGUUACUGUGUGGUCUGCGCCAAAUUACUGCUAUAGAUGUGGUAAUGUCGCAGCGGUAUUACGCAUAGACGAUAAUAUUGAAAAAGAAUACACUAUCUUCGAAGCUGUUCGAGCUAGAGAUAGUGGAGGAAACGUAAUUCUGCCCACAAAGAAACCACAAAUGGAUUACUUCUUGUAA